ACAACAGGGAGAGCGAGAGAGACACAUGGAGAUUGAGCGUGAGAGCAACGACGACUCGCCUCUUACAUAACAACAGAAAAUUAGUAAACAAACAAAUUUGUUGUCAGACGCGUGCCGAUGACCGAGCAGCGCCCACAUAGAAUACUUAAGCUGUGCUAAAAAUAAAUAAAAAUAAUAAUAAAAUAGAGAGAUAUAUAAAACGGGAAUACAGCUACGUUACGCUUCAAUAAUUUUGGCAUUAUUUAACUAACGGCCUUCAAUUUCCACAAAAAGCGAUAAUUAAAAAUACUUUCGAUUGUUAAUCUUCAGUUGGGAUCGAACCGCCAGCCCAUUCGAUUCACUUCUAGUCUUCUAGUCCGAAAAUGCAGCUGCUUGGCUUGGGAAUUCUUAUGGGGCUGCUCCAUCAGCUGGCUGGGGGCGUGCAGGGCGCCAAGAUAUUGGCUGUCUUUCCAUUCCCCGGCAAAUCGCAGUACAUAUUCGCGGAGCAGUACCUCAAGGAACUGGCCAGAAGAGAUCACAAUGUUACGGUCAUAAAUACUUUCGGCAGCCGGGAAAUGUCAUCGAACUUUCGAGUAAUUGGUGCUACUAAAAUACACGAGAUAAUGGCAGCUUUUGGCAGUGCGGACUACAAUCAGCAGGCCAGCCAGUGGACAACGCUGACCAUGACCACGGAGUUUCUGAACAUGCUGACGAGCUGCGUGCUGGAGGAUGACAAGGUGCAGCAGCUGCUGCAAGGCGACGAGACUUUCGAUCUGGUAUUGCUUGAGACGGUGCAGACCGAGGCACUGUUCGGUCUGGCGCAGCACUUCAAGGCACUGACCAUGGGCAUCUCCUCGUACGGCACAGAUCGCCACAUCGAUGAGCUGAUGGGCAACAUAUCGCCACUCUCCUUUAACCCCAUGCUCCUCUCCUCGCGCACCGAGCGCAUGAGCUACGAGCAGCGGCUGUGGAACGUGUGGGACGCCAGCCUGAGCUGGGUGCACAAACGCCUGGUCCAUUUGCCCAGCCAAGAGCGGCUUUAUGCGAAAUACUUUCCCAAGGCCAGCCGGACACUGGAGCAGGUGCUGGACAGCUUCUCGCUGAUGCUGCUGGGCCAGCACUUCACGCUCAGCUAUCCACGGCCCUAUCUGCCCAACAUGAUUGAGGUGGGCGGCCUGCACUUGCAGCACUCGAGAGAGCCCCAGCCGCUGCCCGAUGACCUGGCCAAGUUUGUGGCAGAGGCCGAGCAUGGCGUUAUAUAUUUCUCAAUGGGUUCGAACAUCAAGAGCGCCGAUCUGCCUGUGGAAAGGCGGGAUGUGCUGCUGCAAGCCUUUGGCAAGCUCAAGCUGCGCGUUCUGUGGAAAUUCGAGGGAGAAGUGUUAACGAAUCAGCCCGCCAAUGUGCUCAUUAGCAAAUGGUUCCCCCAGCCGGACAUCCUCGCGCAUCCCAAUGUGAAGCUCUUCAUCACACACGGCGGCCUGCUGAGCACCAUCGAGAGCAUCUACUUCGGCAAGCCGGUGCUGGGGCUGCCCGUCUUCUACGACCAGCACUUAAAUGUGCAGCGCGCCAAGCAGGCGGGUUUCGGAUUAUCUCUGAAUUUGUGGACCAUGACGGCAGCUGAGCUGCACGAUGAGAUUCUAGAGCUGCUCAGCAACGAGAGCUACGCGCAGGCGGCGCAGCUUAAGUCAAAGCUAUAUGCCGAUCAGAAGGACACGCCGCUGGAGCGCGCCAUCUGGUGGACAGAGUACGUACUACGCCACAACGGCGCACCGCACCUGCGAUCAGCGUCGCGCGACCUGAACAUGGCUCAGCUCCAUGGCUUGGACACCUGGGGCUUGCUAUGUGGCCUUGCGUUUAUUAUUGUUUUGCUGUUGUUGUUAAUCCUCUUCAAACUCUUGAGAUUUGUACGAAAUAUUUUUGGUAAGCGUAGUACGAAGACAGAAUUUGAAAAGAAAAGUCAGUAAUGCCUUCUGCAAUUAGCAACAAUUGUGAAGAAAGUUUGAAAUGGCAAAUUUGACGGUUAACUAAUAAACUAACGUUAGCACAUAUGAAAUAAUAUUUUCUUGUUAAUAUAAUGCAACAUUGUACUUAUAAAAGAUAUUAAUAAAAUGAAUA